AUGAACGGUUCUGUACCACCACCUCCACCACAGCCCGAGUAUGAGUUUUAUGGAAACUACCAAACAACUCCCGGUACCCAGACUUUUACACAGGGACAACAACCACAACAGUACCAACAACAAAUUCCGCAACAGGCGAACCCACAAAUUGGACAACAAGUGAAUCAACAAAUAAACCAACAGAUGGGACAACCAUCAAUGUGUCUUCGCCUCUGUUUUUGUCCGUUGUGUGACAAGCAACAGAUGCUACUUCAACAACCACAACCAUUUCAAUGGCUUUUCAUUGCUCGAGUUAUCAUGUUCUCGCUCAAGAGAAAGAUGGGGAAACAAGACUUUUUCACAAUUAAUAGAGAUGUGUUGUCCUUUGUGGUGGACCAUUGGUACUUCUUUCAAAAUUUGGAGCAAUUCAGAGCUCCACAAGAACAAUGGGUUAAAACUCUUAAUGAACAGUUCAACAACAAAGACUUUUUCACACUUUCAGACGACAAGGGCGCUGUUAAAAUCAACAACGACGUACCACCUUGGGACUAUGAUGGUGAUGUUGUCCAGGAAAUCUCUGCAUCAAGUCAUGUCGACGACUUGGAUUCAGUUCAAAACACUGAACAAAUACAAGCAGAGUUGAAGGAAAGUUACAUGAAAACAUUGCAAAUUGCAAAGGUGGCGUAUCUUACCUGUCAAAAAGCACUUUAUGUGUACACCGACGAUAAUUCCAAAAACAACGUUUGUUUUCUUUAA